CUUGUCUACCUCGCACGCACACACACACACACUCUCUCUCUCUCUCUGUGCAUUUAAUCUAUUUAGUCUCAAUGGCCAUUGGUUUCGGGAGAAACUCGUUAGUAACGGCAAGAAUGUCGAGCUCUCAACUGCGUCCCAAUGCGAACGCAUCAACCCCUCUCCCUCGCAUUCCGCUCACGAAUGGAGCGCUGGCAACGGCGACUGCUGGUAAACGCGCGGCAGAAGACGACCUCAAUUCUGCAGGAAAGAAGCAGAAACCACUGGACACAUUGUCCAGCGACCCUGUUGCUAGCUCUACAGGCUACGAUUUCGAGUUUUCCGAAGCCGAUGAGUCGGCUGGUACUCCGGACUCGGUAGACGAAAACGAAGACAACGCCCCAUGCGACGAGAACUGCCGAUGCAACGCGCCAUACGUAUCGUGCGACAUGCCUUACACGGGGGGAUCUUUUUUCGAUUUCCACGACGCAAGAAAACAACGUCUAGUCGACAUGCUUGAUGCUAUCGAUGCGAGCGAAUGUCGGCUGCCGCCCAAAGGUCCGCUACCGCCGCCUCAAGACGACGCAGACGAUGAGUACGACGAGGACGACGAUGAAGACCUCCCUGUUGUCGUGAACACGGAACUUUUCAACCGGACGGCGCUCAAGCCCAGUACGCUGGCCCAAGCCCGCGAUCCCAACGCAGAUCCCGUUCGAGUGGGAUUGAGCCGCAUCGAGGAUAAGGUAAGUUGGAUUUGGGGGUACAUAGUCGACAACGAAGACCAUGAGGAAUUGAGGGACAGGAUCGAACCGAAACUGAAUAUACUCAUGGGAGACAUCGCGGAAUUGAGGAACAAGAUCGUGCCAAGGCUGGUUACACUUACGGUAGACAUCGCGGAAUUGAGGAAGAGGAUUGUGCCGAGACUGGAUCUACUCACGGGGACGGUGGAAAUGACCAAGGCACAGCUAAACCGCGUCGAAGAAUCGAUGAAGACCUUCCAAGACGAGCAGCGCAAGAACUGGGGGCUUUUGUUUGAAGGCAUGAAGAGUCUGGACGAGCGAGUCAUGCAUCGCCUUCCCAUCGCGAGCCAUCAUCACCAUCCCGGACCUUACUUUCAUGAAGCCGCGCCGGGCGUGCAAGGCCCGCUGCCUGUUCACCACAAUAGAUUCGCGCCUCAACAUGCAUACCAUCACGGAUCCCAUCCCGCACAGCAAAUGCCGCCGCACAUGACACCGCAAAUCCAUUACCAAGUACCGCAGGCACAGCACGCACAGCCACAACCUGUGCAACAGCCCCAACCACAACCGGAGGCACGUCUUUCUUGAAUGCAGAUUUAAUAAGGAUACUGUACACCCCGCGUUGAGCUGGACUGAUCGACACGUCCACCGUCAUUCGUGGAACCAUGACGCAUUGCCAUCCAACCAAGAUUUCAGCAAGCUUAGCCAAGGUUUCGAUGAAGACGAACCUCACGCGC